GAUUGAGGAGGAGGCGGAGCCGGGGGCGGGGAGGACCAGGGAGUGCUCAGCUCCCUCACACCCGAUAAAGGACCGAGGCUCGCUGGCGGCUGGGCUAUUUUCAGGAGCGCGGUGGCAUCCCCGGGAACGAUAAGGGAGCGGCGGGGUGGAGAGAAGCAGGGCCUGGACUGGUCCUCGCCCCUGGGCCCAUCUGCUGGCCUUCCCCGCCCUCCCUUAGGCGGGCUCCGAUGCCCCCACCAUGCCGCCCUCCAUCUCGGCCUUCCAGGCCGCCUACAUCGGCAUCGAGGGGCUCAUCGCCCUCGUGUCAGUGCCCGGGAACAUCCUGGUCAUCUGGGCGGUGAAGGUGAACCCGGCGCUGCGGGAUGCCACCUUCUGCUUCAUCGUGUCCCUGGCGGCGGCCGACGUGGCCGUGGGGGCCCUGGUCAUCCCGCUGGCCAUCCUCAUCAACAUCGGCCCAAGGACUCACUUCUACACCUGCCUCAUGGUGGCCUGCCCCGUCCUCAUCCUCACGCAGAGCUCCAUCCUCGCCCUCCUUGCCAUCGCCGUCGACCGCUACCUCCGGGUCAAGGUCCCGCUCAGGUAUAAGCUGUUGGUGACCCCACGGCGGGCGACGCUGGCCAUUGCCGGCUGCUGGGUCCUCUCCUUCCUGGUGGGGCUGACACCUCUGCUGGGCUGGAACAACCUGAGCGUGGUGGAGCAGAGGCAGGGAGCCAACGGCAGCCUGAUGAUCAAGUGCGAAUUCGAGAGAGUGAUCAGCAUGGAGUACAUGGUCUACUUCAACUUCUUCGUCUGGGUCCUUCCUCCGCUGCUGCUCAUGCUGCUCAUCUACCUGGAGGUCUUCUACCUCAUCCGGAAGCAGCUCAGCAAGAAGGUCUCGGCCUCCUCUGGAGACCCCCAGAAAUAUUACGGGAAGGAGCUGAAGAUCGCCAAGUCCCUGGCUCUCGUCCUCUUCCUCUUCGCCCUCAGCUGGCUGCCCCUGCACAUCCUCAAUUGUAUCACCCUCUUCUGCCCGUCCUGCAAUACUCCCAGCAUUGUCACCUACAUCGCCAUCUUCCUCACCCAUGGCAACUCGGCCAUGAACCCCAUCAUCUAUGCCUUCCGCAUCCAGAAGUUCCGCCUCACGUUCCUGCAGAUCUGGAAUGACCAUUUCCGGUGCCGGCACCGGGGGCCGCCCCUCCCCACCCCAGAUGACUUUCAGGAGGAGAAGCUAGACGUUUAGCCCCGAUCCUCCCCAACUCCGCCAUUUGAUCCUGAGCCUGCCCCGUCUCUGCGCCCCACCAUCCCCAGACUGGGAUGCUGGCCUUUCCAAGCCCAGGGCUCUCCCACUUAGCUCCACUCUGGGGGCUUUGAUGACACUACCGUGGCAGGGCGGGGAGAGAGCCUUGGGGAGAGAGCCCCAGCGAAAGCAAUAUGGCUCUUUGGCUUUGCGGUCACCCGUCCCGGAGGGUGAAUUAUUUCAACCCAUCUGCACUGUGAGGGCUCUCUGUCCCCCCCCUUCCCACCCACUUCUCAGGGUCCCUUAAAGUCAUCUUAGGGAUGAAGGGGUGAAGGAGUUUGUCCUCCUGCAAGGAACGAUGAAGCCUGGGCAGCCGCAGGGCCUCCACACUGCUUCCGCUGUCACAUCGACCGGACCCCGUGUGUACUGCCAAGAGGGAGAGGGUCUGCUGAGGAUGAGGGUCUGGGAGCAGUGGCCUGGGCCUAGGGGAGGGCAUGUUGCUCUCAGAGGGAAGCUCCUAGAAUCCCUAGUUCUGACCUGAGCAUUGAAGUGAGGGAGAGUUGAUGGAAUAUACAGUUCCCUCUCCCCAAGGAAACAUGGGACCAGGGGUCGGGAUGCCUGGGGACCCGACCCUGGGCCUGGCUAAGGCUGAAGCCACAUCAGAAGCAUUUCAGAUUUCCUUUUCCAGAGGCCCACUGAGGAUUUGGGGUGGGGAACUGCAGCAGGGCAGAGCCGCCCACAGGGCACAACCUUCUUGCCAGAGCUGUGGCAGCUUAGAGAAGGGCCGAGCUAGCGGGGACUCUGGCAGCGCUCACUCCCCAGAGAUGAGCCGAGUGGGGCAGUUGUUGGGGAGGCCCUGUAUUAGGAGGCUGGUUUGAGGUCGAAGCCUGGGUGAACUCCGAGGCUCGGGGAGGAGUCAGGACAACAGUGGAGCCAAAGCUGAGCAGGGUCAGGCCUCCCCUUCCCUGAUCUUGGCAGUCCCAGUGUGAGGCCUGCUGGGAAGCAUCUGGUCUCUGCCCUUUCAGCUUGGGGGCAGGACCUACGUGUGUCCUGGAUGGGGCUGGGCAGAGCAGGGCACAGGAUCUGCCGUGAUAGCUCGAGACCGAUGGAGGAUAAGGACAAGGUUGCCACCGCUGAGGCUGGGAGAGGGCAGGACCCAGCCGGGAUCCAGGUGGGUGCCCGGUCACUGAUGCCUCUUUCUCCCAGCAGGUAGUGACUCUUCCUGGCACCCAGCUGCCCAGGAAAGGUGGAGGAUAGCAAACUUCAAGGUGACGGCAGAGCCGGUUCUUGUGGAGGGGGUCACUGCCCCCUUCCUGGCACCUGACUGACCCCAUCUCUGACAGGGGCCACGAUAGGAGAACUGGGAAUGGUGGCCAGGCAGGGGAGAUACCCCUUCUCCAUGCCUAGCUAGCUCGAGUCCAGCCCUCGGCUUAUGCUCCAGACGCUUUCCCUCCCUCUCUCCGGGCCCCGCCGUAAGUUCAGGGGGCUGGGGAGACGAGAGGUGGGAAAGGCUGAAAAUAAAGGAUUGUCAGA